AAAAAAAAAAAAAAAAAUGUCUUCAGAUAUCAAAAGUGGUUUUGAAGUUAUAAAUAAUAAAAAUCUUAAUCUUGGUAACAUGGUACAAGAAGAUAAUCAUUCCAAUUACGCGUCAGCUUGUUCUUCACCUGUUCCAAAUCGUACUUAUACUUUUGAAGAAUCUAGUAACGUUUCUGAUAUAAUUCCUUCUAUUAUAGCCAAAACUGUGGUAUCUAGAGAAAAUAUCGAUUAUCGAGAUAUAGGAGUUGAAAUAACAAGUUUUGCUCACCCUGCAAAAGCGAAUGAGUAUGAUCAAACUAUACAAUAUUCACAAAAUGAUUUGUCAAUAUUAAGUAAUUCAACUAUUACUGAAAUGCCUUCUAUCAUGAUUGAAAAAGGAGAUGUAACACAUUUUGUCGCAAGUGUUGUAGAAGAUGAUGAAGUUAAUUACACAAAAUUGAGACAAUUAUUAGAAAACCGAGAAACGAAAAGUUCAUCAUCAAAUGAUUCUUCUAAUAUUCUAGGAAAUUCAAAUGAAUCGUCUAAUCUCAUAAAAAACAUUUCACAAGAAGGGAUUGCGUUAGAAAAGGAAAACAUAGAGAAUAAAACAAAAGAAAUAGUAGAAGAAGUAAUAAAAGAAGCAAUAGAAGAAAAAGUAAUAGAAGAAGUAGUAGUAGUAGAAAAAACAGUAAAAGAAGGAAAAGAAAUUAAGCAAGCUAAUCAACUUGAUCCCAUCAUUCAAGAAUUAGAACAAACGCGUGAAGAGAAUGAAAAACUAAAAAUUCAUUCUGAUAAUCUUCGUAGAGAAGUUGAUCUAUUACAAAAAGAAAAUGAACAAAUAAAAAUUUAUUCCGAUAAUUUCUUGAAAGAAUUAAAUCAUUUACGUGAAGAGAAUAAAAAUUUCAAGUUUGAUUCCGUUAAUUGGCAAGAACUUGAAAAGUUACGUGAGGAAAAUAAACGCUUAAAAAUGGCGUUGGAUAGUCAAAACAAUACCAAUUCUCUUGAACUUGAAUCUAUGCGUGAAGAGAACGAACGACUCAAAUUGGAAUUGCAUGCAUACAAAAGAAACACAAGACCAUUAUCUAAGAGUCCUUCUAAGGAUACAAAGGAAUCAAAAACAAUAGAAACGCGACGUAACAUUUUCAGGGAUAAAUUAUAUUUCAAAUUGCAAUUAACCAAAGUUGAUGAAUUGGAAGUAGAAGCCUUGGCUGAUUUAGUCAAAGAAAUCAUGUUAAUUUUAAAAAUAGAUGAUGUGAAUCGAGUUAUUCCUUCUCUAGAACAAAUUAACAAAGUUGUGCGAUUAGUACCACAACUUCGAGAUUUUAUUAAGACAGUUAUUCUAUUGGUACUAAAUGAUUAUGAAGAAAUAAAUCAAGAAUUUUCAUCUAAUGUAUUGCCACAAGAUAUUCCACCGGAAAAUAUGCUCAAGACGACGAUAGAAGUUUUAUCACAAUGGCGUGAAACUGUCAAAAAUAUGGAAAUAUUUGCAGCUCAACUUUUACAGAAUUCUAGAACGAAUACACAAAAUAUCUCAUAAAAAAAUAUUUGGCGUUUAUUGUUGUUAUCUAUUAAAUAAAUAAAAAAAAAUAAU